AUGGCGGGGUUCCCGCCAUUGGCCCCGGUGCCCUCCCCCGCAGUCCGGAGGACCAUCCCAUCUAAUGACUGGGAAGCAUGUCUGGACGCAUGGAUGAUGCUUCUUAGCGUUCGCUUGAAUUCGAAUGAUCAGAUUUUUACCCUUGCUGCUGCUGAAGAUCCUUCGGCUGUUUUAUUCUUGGACUCUUUCUAUCAAAAUGCCGCGUCCGGGGACCAGGGUCUACAGUCUGGACCCAAAGCUCGAAAGCUUCGCAAACUUUGCUUUCUCACAACAAGGCGGUACAUUUUGACCCUUAAAAAUCCUCCUGUUGAGUUAUUCAAUUGGCGAUUGCUUGGAAAUAUGUGCUGCUGUUACCCGUCAAGUACGACAUUGAAGGCAUCUUUAUCAGAAGCAUGGAGCUUGCACCAGGAAAAGAUAUCAUCCAGCAUAGAAAAAGCCAAGUCAUUUAUUAUUGACCAGCUGUCUUCAAUGAGUUCAUCUGCAACAGCGGAUAUAGUCGCAGACAUUCGACGUCUGACAAUCUUGGCUUCGGUAAUGCCAUCUUGCGGCCACGUCCUGAUGGCAGGCUCGGACUAUCUGGAUACACUUGCAGAAACCUAUCAGUCACCAAAGGCUCGAGACGAGCUUCGAAAGAUUCUUGUUGCCAAUCUCUAUGUUGGUCUGAUAUCGCUAUUGAAAGAGUCAUCACCCAACUUGUCGCUAUUGCUGGACCAGCUGUUCAGUUUGAAGGCUGCCGCGGGACUUGGCACAUCAAAAAUGAAAAAGGAAGCAACAAUUCUCUCGGAUGUUAUUUGUAGCUCCGACCUGCUCCAGAGGCUUGAGAAGUAUCUCAUUAUCCACCCUCAAAAACGAGGAGAGGACCUCCUUUCCAGUCUCCGUGUCUACCAGAUAGAGUCAAAACACUUGCAUCACCGGUAUCAAAGGCGAAAGAAAGUGGACAAAGGAAAGAGCCCAGCUUCAGGUCUACAAAUCGAAGAUGACGAGCUUCAUGCACACAAGAUGUCUCUUGUUUUGCAGGUUCAAGACCUCUUCCCAGAUCUGGGCUCCGCCUUUGUGGUGAGGCUCCUGGACGUCUAUAACGACGACCCCGAAACAGUGAUUUCCCACCUCCUGGACGACUCACUUUCCCCAGAGCUGCAAGGCUUGGACCGAGCCGAACAACUCCCACCCCAAGCAGAACCCAAUCACGACCACUUAGCACCUCGCCCAACACCUCCCGCAAUGUACUCGCCACCACUAGACCCUAUACCAUCACGCAAAAACAUCUUCGACGAAGAUGUGGAUAUUGCAGAGCUCAGCAUCUCAGGGGAUGCAAAGGGCAAAUUACGAUUCGGCCGCGCAGACCCUGAUCUCACCGCAGAUGAGGUUCUAGCGGACCGCAGCCAACACGCAACCAACAAAGCAGCCAUUCUUUCCGCUCUGGCGGCAUUCGACUCAGACGAGGACGAGCGCGACGAUACAUACGACGCCGCAGAUGUGGGCGGUACAGUUGACGCUAUCACCGCAGACACUGAGGCCGAAGCAAAGAACCAGCGUGCUGCUGCGGAUAAUCUCGACAUGACGCUUCUCCGGGCAUACAAGUCAAACCCGGCGAUAUUCUCUCGGGAUGCAGUAACACGUCGCUCACAGCCUCGUGCACAACUCAAGCGUGAGACUAAUAUGAUGGACGAGGCAAUCGAAGGCUGGGCUGUUAUGCUUGCGCGGGAUUCAAAACGUCUUGCUAAACUCGAGAACCGACUUGCUGAUGAUCUUAGCGGUUCUACGGGUGGAUCGCUAAACCAGCCCUCUCUUUCCUCGACUUCAUAUCGGAGACCGCGCGCUGGAGAUGACGGAGAGGACUCUGGUGACGAGGGCGAGUCGUCUGGUGGUCCUGCGACUCGUGGAGGACAAGACAGAGGUAGAGGUGGACGAGGUCGUGGUGGGAGAGGUGGGAGAGGUGGACGAGGCGGUGGACCUGGCGGACCUGGUGGAACAUCCCAAGCCGGGGGCCAGGGGCAGCAGAGUAACCCGGCGGCGAAUAGGAGGAAGGAGGAAAACAAGGCUAGUCGAGCGAACCAUAAUCGGCGCCAGCAAAGGGCAAAGAAGAUAGCGCGGGGAGGUGGUUUGCCAGGAUAA